AUGUCUGAAGUCAUCCCCCCCACCAAGACCGAGACCGAGACCAAGUCUCACGAGUCUCCCGCUCAGGUCAACAAGACUGAAGCUGUUGCUACGAUCCAGAACCCCAUCAAGACUACCGAUCCUUCGUCAGUCAGUGGUGAGGGCGUGACUCUUUCCUCACCAUCAGCUCCAGCCCACAUCAAGCAAGAUGACCACGUCACUUCUGCUGUAGACGGCUUUGAUGCCACUACUCCAGCAAGAGUCAGAAUCCCUCCAAAGUUCAGUGAGGAUGUCGAGAAAGAGAUUCGAACCAUGAUGAACAACGCCCGAAGCGUCAAAGACCACAACAUGUUCAAGACAGACGAAGAUGUCGUCAAGCUGGCCACCUUCACCACAAACUUGAUCCAGCUCAUGAACGCCGAAUACACCGCCAAGGAUGUCAUUGUUCGAGCCGUUGCUUACAUGCAAGGAGAAAGCCACCUCUCACCCUACCGUGCACUCAGCCAAGCUCAGAGAGACCGCAAAGCAGCUCGCCGUAAUACCAACAGUGGCCAAGGACCCCGAGCUCUUGUGGACCGCGGAAGCAAGCCACGAACCAUCAGCGACGCUGCCAAAUUGCCCCUUGAUGAUGUCAAGAAUGAGUCUGCAAUUGUGGAUGGACACCACUCGUCUGACGUUGAUACUACCAAGGCUAUUGCAUCUCCUUCCAAUGCAAGCUCCAACGCAGAAUCGACCGGCAAUGGCAACGGCUCUGACAAGGAGAAUGUAACUGGUAAGGGCUCUGGCUCACAUGCAGACAAGCCUAAGAAGAAGGGUUACUGGAAGGCUCGUCGUGAGGCACGCAAGAAGCAUGGUGAGGCUAAUGGACACAAGGAUGGUCAAGAUCAGCCAUCUGGAGCAGACAAUAGAAUGACUGCCGCAAAGGAUCAUACUGGCGAGACUGGCAAUGACAAGGCUACUGAGCAAACUUCAGGAACAGCUCAUCAGGAAAUUCAUGGAGGUGGUGUCGCCGUUCAGGCAUGA